GCUAGUUGGACUUCAAAUUCAAAAUCGCAAACAAACCCCAAAAAAACACAUCAUGGGUUGUUUCGGUCGCAAAUCCAAAAAAUCUCGUCCGUCAUCACAAAAAUGCAAGCAAAAAGCUAAACAACAGAAAGCCUGGACGCAGGAUGAAUGGAAAAUUCAUGGUCGCUAUUUGAAGCAAUUGGCGGCGCCUAAGAAGGAUUUUGCCGUUGAUCAAUCCCCGGCUCAUCCCAAGGUUCCCCUUUAUGCACUGCAGCCUCGUAUGACCAGUUUGGCCCAACCGAAAACAAUAAAUAGACCGCAUUCUUGCAAACUGGCUCCCAAAAAAUGCCACUGCCACAUCGCAGAUCCUAUCCGUGAGGUUCAUCCUGAUGCCAAAAACUAUGUUCCAACCAGGAGAAUCGAAAUGCUGAGCCAACCGAAACUGGACUACCAGGAAGUGAUUCGAUGUUUUCCGAAAAGGAAAGAAUUGUGCGUCAAGAAAAUCUUUCAACCUCGUUCCAGCAACGGAAUGAUGAAAUUAGCGAUGCCAAAACACCACUGCCUCUGUGCUCCCGAUUCGGAUCCGUACGGUGUGAAACCGGAAGCACUGUCGGCGGUUGCCACCGAGCGAACUCGUAAACUAGCUCAACCAAAAAAAUUAAAUUCGGAAACUUGAAAAUAAAGCAAACUUUGCAUUUAA